AUGCCCAAUUGCUGUGAUGGCAAGAUGACAAGCUGCUCGAAGCGAAAGGGUGCUCCCCGCACUAGCUGGAAGAAACCAUCGAUGGAGGAAGCGAAGAAGGUCGGGCUGUUCGACGCCCAUUGUCAUCCUACCGACAUCAUGUCGGCAACCUCAAGGAUCAGUGAAAUGAAUGCCGAAGCUUUGACCGUGAUGUCAACACGCGCACAGGACCAAGACCUUGUCCUGGAAACAGCCAAGCAGUAUCCCAUCCCAGACAACAACACUCAGGCCAAUGAAGACAAAAGGAACAAUUAUAUCGUACCUUCUUUUGGCUGGCAUCCGUGGUUCACAUAUCAAAUCUUCGACGAUAGAGGUGGUCAAGAUGAGGUCGACGCAACGCAACACUAUCGGGACGUGCUAACACCUGAGCCGGAUAAGGCUUUUCUGAAAACUCUGCCCAAACCUCGCAAGCUGUCGAGCUUCCUCCACGAGACCGAAAUGCGCUUACAAGAGUUUCCAUUGGCUGUGAUCGGCGAAAUUGGCCUUGACCGCUCCUUUCGUGUACCACAUGGCGACUUCAAGAGCGAAGACGAUUCCGAGGUCACAUCAAGGGACAUGACAGCCAAGACUGGUGGACCUAAUGAAGGCGAGUAUACGCCUGGCAGCAGGGAGGGUCGACCGCUGAGCCCCUACCACGUGAAGUUAGAACAUCAGAAAGUGAUUCUAAAGGCACAACUUGAGCUUGCAGCCAAGCACAACCGUGCUGUCUCCGUCCACAGUGUCGCUACCCACGGUGCAGUCUUUGAUCUUUUGCAAUCUCUUUGGAAAGGUCACGAGAAGCCCUCGAAGUCAGCGAAGAAGAAGCAGAACAAGGAUGCUGCCAAUACACCUCUCGAGUCCGACUAUCACAGCGUCGAGGGAGCAAAACCACUCUAUCCACCACGUAUCUGCAUGCACUCAUAUUCUGGCCCAGCAGAUGCGCUCAAGCAAUUUCUUGGCGCUCGUGUUCCAGCAGAUAUCUUCUUCUCCUUCAGUGAGCUCAUCAAUUUUGGCUCUCAUAAUUCAGAGAAAGCGGUUGAAGUCAUCAAAGCUGUGCCAGAUGAGCAGAUCCUGAUUGAGAGCGAUUUGCAUUGUGCAGGAGAGAGGAUGGAUAAACUCUUGGAGGACGUUCUGACCAGAGUGUGUGAAAUCAAGGACUGGUCGCUGCCAGGGGGAGCAGAACAACUGAAGAAGAACUGGCAUCGGUUCAUUUUUGGUGUCGCGCCUGAAGAAUGA